AUGGCCUCCAUUCGCUCUCUGGGUGUCCGCACCCCCGCCGCCCUACCAUACCUAAUUCAAGAGGGAAUCCUGCCCGAAGACGCCCCAUCCGACGCCUACACCUGGUCCACAUACAGCGAUGACGAUGGAGAAGAGGAGGUUACUGCAACGGAAUACUUUGUGGUCUGGUCGCGAGGAGGCAUUAUUCGCAAGGCUUACAAUUUUGAGGUCGAGGGAGAGAAGGUGCUACAGGCCGUCCUCACCUGGUUUCCUUCCGGCGAGGCCAACGCCCUGCGCAACACCACUCAAGAUUUGAGGCAAGAUCAUGGUCCGGGGACAUUGUUCGCCAAAGAUAGGGUUCGCGAACCCGGUUAUCCUGCGCAUGAGGAACCAGGGCCUAGCAAGCGUUCUCAAACAAGUGCACCGCCGGAGAAGCUUUCCCGCGCUCUGGUCGUCUUCCUUAAGACGCAGGCCCAUAUCUUCUUUCUUGCAGGAUCCAGCCAUGUAGUCAAUCUGCCGUUCGAGGUGGAACGUGUCUUCCCCGCGCCUCGAGGCCUGCUCAUCCAAAGAAAGCUUUCAAUGCCGGAUUUCAUCCCAGUCAGCCCAGCAGUACCAAGGGUUCCGCCUAAUUCCUUUUUCUCUCAGCUCCCAACCCAGUCCUUUUCUCAAAAUUCGAAUUUGUUCACGCCAAUGAUCAACACCUCUUUCACUACUCCCCGACGUGCUAAGUCGGGACAAGGCACUGCCUACCCUGCAUCUCUUGCCGACCUCCUCAAAGUUGGGACAAGUCCGGCUGCAGAUGGUUUGCCUCGCCUUUUCUCUUUUACCGACCCAUUCUCCGAAAUGGGGUUGGUGGUUGCCGCUCAGUCACAGGCCACUAAGAGCUCAUGGUCUGUAAAGCAAUCCGGGUCCAAGCCUCUUGACCCUGUAGACAGAGCUGAAGAGGUGCUUUAUGUCACCAAACAGAAUGAAAUGUCGGAUUCCGCCAACCCUGCAGACAAGCCAUUGAUUUUGGUUGUAACUGUCAAUUAUGAGAAGCGGUUCUACUCUGUCUGUCUGAGCGCUGUUUCUCUGGAGGAUACCUUGGACGAUGAUUUAGAUCUUGACAAUACCAUCGAUGAUUCAGAAAUCCCUGACGAGCUCCUCGGCGGUGACGGAGAAGAUGCGUCUGGUCUGCAAGAGCCGAUUGAGGGGCUGCGCCGGGAGCUAUUGCUGGUCAAAUUCUCCGAAUUUCCCUUUGGUACAUCCGAAAGCAUCUUCCAUUCUUCUGUGCAUGGAAACCCAAUGGCGCGGUACACUCUCGUUCUUCCCAGGAGAUUCAGGCUGUUCAAUCCUUACUCGAUCGGGUUCAGCCUGCCCAUGCAGGAAGCUAUGGAGGACCCGAACCAGUCGAUUGGAACCCCUGAAGAUCUGACCGCCUUGGCGCAUGCUACAAGGAACGGUAGUGUUGACAUAAAGGAAGGUAACGGGCGAUAUCACCGCUUGCAGGUCAAACUCUGGCCACAGAAUGCCAUGGUAUCCCGAGUCCUUUCAGCCUGCCGCUUGAUCCUACCUCCACCUCAGGGCGACCAUUUGCUGGCGAUUUGGUGGAACAUUUCCCGCAAUCUGCGCAACGAAAUGCGUUUUGAUGUAGAAUGGGCGGCUUUAGUCGCAGCCAUUUUUGCCUUUGGCGUUGGCGGAAUAGACCCGAAGUCAGUUCGACUCACUGACAUCACGCGCUCCGUGGAGGGCACCCCGAGUAGGCGGUCACUCAGACGGCCGGCUGCUGAUGACCCCUUCGAGCUGCUGUGGCGCUACCAGAGCCAGGAUCCUGCCGCUAAGAGCUGGGAUGGAGCCGCAUGGUCUUGGGUGGAACAGACUCUGGCAGAAAAGGCUAAGCCUCGCACAUCGACCAGACACUCUCUACUUUCUCCCUCGACCAACUACGGCAUCAAGAGGAAAAGCGAUUUCAUUCCGUUCUGUGCUAAGGCUGCUCGCGAUUUCCUUCAGGAGCCUUUGGCGAAGAAGAUUCUUCCGGAGACAGCUGGAAGGUCGACUCGUGCUAAGCAUCAGGACUCUCACGCCAACUACCUUCCAUCCAUCCUCGUUGCCCUGCAUCUGCUGCGUGAGGAGGAAAAGUUGAAUAUUCUCACAAAAGACACUCGAUCAUCCGAGACUGGUAACCUUGCCCCUGUCCUGGCACAGCUUGGGCGCUGGCUUGAUUGGGAGUUCUGGGAUUGGAAGAUCACCAGCCCAUAUGGCCUGGAUGGUGCAAGUUUAGAUCAGUGGGUGUUUGAAGAUGCUUCAAUUACUACCGUCACACUUCCCCACCCUCCUUGGGAGAAGCCGCCUUCGAUAUUCGACUGGUUGGAGAGGAUGCUUGAUCCGCGCAGAUACCAGGGUUUCCCGACUCUUGACAUGCUGGUUGGACAGCCAGAGAAACCUCAAACCUCGCACGAUUCUCAGGCCCUUGCUGAAGCAGUCACUGCUUUGACUCCGCGUACAGUGGCAUUGUGCAAAUACCUCGCAAAGAUACGACGGGGGGAACAAACACCAAGUUUGCAGGUUGAGACUAUGGUGGCCAGCGGAAUUGACACUCGCAUGUUGGAAACAUUCCCUUCGGCUGUUGUUGCUGGAAUCCGUGAAGCAAUUGUCGAAUGCCAAUCAAAUCCGCCAACCACGUGGAACGAAAGGCUUCUUGAGAUUGUCGGCAGAGAGGAUCUCACCACGCUGCUCAGGCCAGAUACUGAGUGGUCUCCAAGCUCAACUUCUUUAGUUUCUGCCCCUGGCAUUGCAAGUCGCGAUGUGCAUACUAUUUGCCAGUCCGCAGAGGCCAACGACUCCUCUCAAAGCUCUUCCGAAGCCGACAGACACAUGAUCACGCGGCUCAUUUUCAGCGAAGACCGGCGCUACAUUGAGGCCUUACGUCUUCUCGAACCACUUCGCCCUGCUGUUGCCGAGUGUAUUCCGGAUCCUUCCUGGACAGAAGCUGAACAUCUUGAUGCGCAGAAGAGCGUUAUGCAAUGGGUCAUGCUAAGAACCUUUGCAUUGCCAUCAGGGCACUCGAUGCUUCAAUUUGAUAGCAAGAGGCCUCUUGUCACGGAAAAGUACCCGCUGCAUGGCUUCACAACGCUGUGCACAAUGAAGCCUCUAAACAAUACGGUUAGUGCCGAUCGAAGCACAUACACUGAGGAGAAGUUUGCAUGGGCCUUCUUCCAUGCGGGCGUCUCAGCCGGUCUUAGCAUCUCGCGCCGCGCCAAAGGAAUCGACACUUCGUGGAUUGCGUACAACAAGCCUCCAGAACUGAGCAACAAACACGCAGGGUUAUUGUUCGGACUCGGCUUGAACGGCCACCUCAAAAAUAUUGCCAAAUGGCUGUCUUUCAAGUACCUUACACCCAAACAUAGCAUGACAUCGAUUGGCCUUCUCCUUGGCCUUUCUGUCUCAUACAUGGGCACCAUGGAUACUCUGGUCACCCGUUUACUCUCAGUGCACGUCACGCGUAUGCUGCCACCUGGUGCGGCUGAUCUCAACUUGCCUCCUCUGGCGCAGACAACUGGACUAAUGGGCAUCGGAUUACUCUACCUGAACAGCCAGCACCGAAGAAUGAGCGAGAUCAUGCUCUCGGAAAUUGAGCAUGUCGAGCUCGAGGAUCCUUCGGCGCCAUCAGACAACAUACGAGACGAAGGAUACAGACUUGCAGCUGGCUUCGCUCUUGGGUUGAUCAACCUCGGCAAUGGAAAUGACCUCCGCGGUCUUCAUGAUAUGCGUUUGGUUGAGCGGCUUCUUGCAGUCGCUGUCGGACCCAAGCCAGUCGAUAUUGUUCACGUUCUGGAUCAAGCAACUGCCGGUGCUGUCAUCGCCAUAGCUUUGGUGUUCAUGAAAACUCAGAACGCGUCGGUGGCUCGCAAGAUUGACGUCCCAGAUACCCUUCCUCAGUUCGAUUAUGUCCGUCCGGACAUCUUCCUGCUCCGAACGCUUGCCAAGCAUCUGAUCAUGUGGGACGAUAUUCAGGCAGACUACAAAUGGAUUGUUGCGAAUCUUCCACCGGAGUAUGGAGUCAACCACAAACUCACGGAGAUCAAGGCUCUUCGAAGUGAGCAUAUGCCUUUUUACAACAUCAUGGCCGGCCUGCUUUGGAGCAUCGGACUCAAGCAUGCGGGUACCGGAAACACCAAAGCUCGAGACUUCCUAGUCACCUACCUCGAUCAAUUCAUCAGACUGUGCCAUCUACCCGCCAUUCGAUACGAUGCCCGCCUCACCCGCAAUACCGUGCGCAACUGCCAGGACUUGGUCGCCCUCUCAGCCGCAACCGUCAUGGCCGGCACCGGCGACAUCGUGGUCUUCCGCCGCCUGCGCUUGCUCCACGGCCGCGUCAGCCCAGACGUCCCGUACGGCUCGCACUUCGCCGCGCACAUGGCCCUCGGCGCACUCUUCGUGGCCGGCGGCAGUUACACCUUCAGCACGUCCAACCUCGCCAUCGCCGCGCUCGUCUGCGCCUUCUACCCGCUCUUCCCGACGGACGUGCUGGACAACAAAGCGCACCUGCAGGCGUUCCGGCACUUCUGGGUGCUGGCGGCGGAGCCGCGCUGCGCCGUCAUCCGCGACGUCGAGACGCAGCGCGCCAUCGCCAUGCCGCUGGUCGUGACAUUCCGCGACGGUUCGACGCGGAAUGACUACACGGCGCCGUGCCUGCUGCCCGAGCUCGACUCCAUCGCCACCAUCCAGACCAACUCGCCCGAGCACUGGCCCGUCACGCUCGACUUCGUCGCUAACCCGGCACACCUGGCUGCGUUCAAGCGCACGCAGACCAUCCACGCGCGCCGCCGGCCUGCGCACUUGUCGGCGGCGCUGGUCGCGAACGGUCAGCGCUACCAGGACCGCACCUUCAACGCUACCCUCACCGCCCUCAACGACGCGCAUCUCGCUAACGCGGCUGUCGCGGCCUCCCGCGCUGGUAUCCUGUGGGACUGGAUCUUCUCCCUGCCUGCCCUGCGCGGCGGCGAACAUCACCCUCACCCGGCGCCUGCUUCUUCUUCUUCUUCCACUUCCCCUUCGACUUUCCCCCUCCCCAUCGUCAGCAAAGCGGACGUCUCCGCCCUCAUCAUCCCGACUGACGCCCUGCCGUCGUUUCCUGGUGCCGGCGCUGGCGCGUCUGCUGCGCUCGCGACGUCGUCGUCGACGAAUUCUGGAGGUUCUGCUGCCGUUGGUGGUGGUGCGGGUGGAAGUGGAGGUGGCAUCGAGUUGCUGACGGAUGGCAAGACGAGUCCGGUGGACGAGCGGCUGGUGCUACGGACGGCGGCGCUGAGGGGGUGGGAUGCGGAUGGGUUGAGGAAUUUGAGAUUGCUGUUCAGGUGGGUGGAGAGGGCGGAAGAGGAGGCGGAGGAGGGUGGGGCGGCGAGUUGUCGGUGGUUGGGUAGGGAGGUGGUGGAGGGGUUGAGGGCCGUGGUUGGAGAGAGGGGGAGGGCGGUUGGUGGGGGUGUUGUGUGA